AUGUUGUCUGCAAGCAGUCGAUGUCUAUCUCUCAGUUCAAUUCCUCGAGCAAAUGCAUUAGCUAUUAUCCGCCAAGCAUCGUCACAUUCAAGCAAAAAUAAAGAACCAGUUGCUGUAUCAACACCAACUGGUUCAGUUGGAGAUCCCAGUCAAUCACCUAUGAGCCAGCGAGCUUUACCUCCGGAUGAUGGCAAAGUUCGUUUUCCUAAUCCAUGGGAUGUUAUUCUUAAUAAACGUCGUUUUGAAUAUGCAAUGAAAUUCAAAGGAUAUGAUGAUCCGUUUGACAUGAUGCCAGUCAAACGUGUUGAAAAUAGUUCACCAGAAAAUCCAAAUUUAUUACCAAGCUGUAAUGAUAAACGACUUAUGGCUUGUAUUUGUAACGAAGAUGUCUAUCACUUGAAAUGGAUGCAUCUUCAUCGUGGUGAACCAAAACGAUGUUACUGCGGUCAUUGGUUCAAAUUAACUGAACGACAAUUUGUUGAUUUAAGUGAUUUUGGUAUUACAGAAGAAAUGCAGAAACCAGCUGCCCAUUAA